CUUCUCCUUCUCUAUUCUCUCACCUUUUUUUUUCCUUUACUUUCCUUCAUACUUUCUCACCCACCAAACACUCGCAAACCCCUCUUUUUCCACUGUACUUUACAAACAAACACCAUGAAGUUUGGCAAGAGCCUCAGCAACCAGAUCGAGGAGACCUUACCUGAAUGGCGAGACAAGUUUCUCUCCUACAAGGAGCUCAAGAAGAGAUUGAAGCUUAUAGAGCCUAACAAAGGCGGAGAUAGGCCUACCAAACGCCCCAGAUUGGGCGACGGAGAUUCAAGUAUUGAUGGCGCUGCAGGAGGAGACAAUAAAGAUGCCAUGACAAAAGAGGAGAUCGAUUUCAUUAAACUCUUGGAGGAUGAGCUCGAGAAAUUCAACACCUUCUUUGUGGAGAUGGAGGAGGAGUAUAUCAUCAGAUUGAAGGAGCUGCAAGAUAGAGUAGCAAAGGCAAAAGAUUCAAACGAAGAGAUUAUAAAAAUAAGGAAGGAGAUCGUCGACUUCCAUGGAGAGAUGGUUUUGCUGGAGAAUUAUAGUGCUCUUAACUACACAGGAUUAGUAAAAAUACUAAAGAAGUAUGACAAAAGAACUGGCGCUCUCAUUCGGCUGCCCUUCAUCCAGAAGGUCUUGCAACAGCCGUUCUUCACCACAGACCUUCUUUACAAGCUCGUGAAAGAGUGCGAGACAAUGCUUGAUCGCCUUUUCCCAAAAUACGAACCACCAUCUUCGGUUGAAGCAGUUGAUGGGGAUGAAGGAUGCGAUCCUUCAACUUCUACAACCACCAAGAAUGAUGAUCUGCUCAGAGUACCCAAGGAACUUGCAGAGAUUGAACAUAUGAAGAGCUUGUACAUGAAGAGCACCAUUUCGGCGUUGAGAGUUUUGAAGGAAAUUCGGAGCGGAAGCUCUACUGUUAGUGUAUUUUCAUUGCCACCGCUGCAGUUGGGUGCUUUGGAUGAUACUUGGAAGAAGGUUCCCAUUCUGGAACAGGAGGCCAAGUAAUUGGAUAUUGAGAAAAGGAAAUAGGAGACCAUCAUAUCACGUUGUUUGUUUUGUUAUUUUAUUUUCUUACCUUACUGCAUAUUUUAUGCAUGUUUUAGAUGCUAACACAGAUGUAAAAUGUUUAAUUCGAGCUGGAAUGAAUAUUAUAUAAAGCAAAAUUUGGUAAAA